UGCGUGCUUCCUGGUCAGCUGUGUUCCCGCCAGACUUUCAAGUUUUAAGUUUCAUUUCCGAGACUGCUCGUUCCUCUUCCCGCGGCGUCUCGAAGCGGAUAGCAGAGAGUGCCAGGCAUGGAUCCUCAGCCCCGAAAGGCGACGCGCUCAGCUUCGAAGGCCUCGUCUGCCACCUUCGAGGUUAUGGUGCAGAUUACGAAGGGCGCCCCGACAAAGCCCGCCCAGACGAAGCCCACCCCGACGGAGUCCACCCGGAAGAAGCCCACAACGACGAAGCCCACACCGACGAAGCCCACACCGACGAAGCCCACACCGACGAAGCCCACACCGACGAAGCCCAGCGAGUGUCUGGUAGUCCCCAAUGCUGCCCGGCCGGAAGAGCAGAAGUGCUCCACCAGGGCGUCGAGAUCCCAGCGGAAAAAGAGCGCCCCCGGCCCCCAGAAGAUGCCGCAGGUACGCGCACGGGGUGCGCGCACUAAGAAGGCGCCUCAGAGCGCCGAGGAUUUUUUGGACGGCCAGGCAAUUCUGGCUGAGCCACCGGCGGCCCAGCAGCCGCCCCUUCCCAGGGUUGGAUCUUGCCGCGAGAGGGGCGCUCGCUCUGCUCGGGAGCAGAAAUCCCAGCCCUGGCCUGUGGAGGACCCCUGCCAGCACCCGCUCGUCCCAGCGCCUAGUCUCGCCGGGAGGGAGGUGGCUCCCUGCAGCUGGAAGCCCAAGGCGGUGCUGAGUAAGUUGAGGCUGAGCCGCUCCGAAAUCUCAGCAGCAGCUGAGGUCGUGAACGAGGUCGUGGACCACCUGCUACGUAGACUGCAGAGCUCCCAGUCCGAGUUCAAAGGUGUGGAACUGCUACGUACUGGGAGCUACUACGAGCAAGUGAAGGUUUCUUCUCCUAAUGAAUUUGAUAUUAUGUUCAAACUGGAUGUCCCCAGAAUUGAGCUGAAAGAAUAUCGCAGCAGUGCUGCCCAUUACUUUGUGAAGUUCAAAAGAAAUCCCAAAGGAAAUCCUCUGAGUCAGUUUGUAGAAAAUGAAAUGUUAUCAGCUUCAAAGAUGCUGUCUAAGUUCAGGCAAAUCAUUAAGGAGGAAAUCAAAAACAUUGAAGAUCUAAAUGUCAUAAUGGAGAGGAAGAAGAAAGGGUGUCCUGCUGUAACUCUUCUUAUUAGAAAACCUAAAGAAUCUGUGGAUGCUAUAUCUGUGGAUAUAAUCUUGGCUUUGCAAGUGACAGGCAGCUGGCCCGCGAGCACCGGGGAAGGCCUGCGCAUCCAAGGCUGGCUUGGAAGGAAAGUUAGGAGAGAUCUAAGACUGCAGCCAUUUUAUCUGGUACCCAAGCAUGCAAAGGAAGAAGACCAUUUUCAAGAGGACACCUGGCGGCUAUCCUUCUCUCACAUUGAAAAGGACAUUUUGAAAAAUCAUGGACAAUCUAAAACAUGCUGUGAAACGAAUGGAGUGAGAUGUUGCAGGAAAGAUUGUUUAAAACUAAUGAAGUAUCUUUUAGAACAAUUGAAAAAGAAGCAUGAAAAACGAAGGGAACUGAAGAAAUUCUGUUCUUACCACGUGAAAACUGCCUUCUUUCACACUUGCACCGAGUACCCAGAUGACAGCCAGUGGCAGCCCGGGGACGUGGAUCUCUGCUUUGAUCGGUGUCUGGAGGCGUUCCUUCAGCACCUCAGGGAGGAGCAUCUUGACAAUUUUUUUAUUCCUGGAGUCAAUCUGUUCUCUCAACACGAAGUUGACAAAAUAAGUAAAGAAUUUCUGUUAAAGGAAAUUGAAUAUGAAAGAAACAAUGGAUUUCCAGUUUUUAAAGAAUCUUGAAAUUCUAUUUUUAAAAAGAGUGAAGAAUUAGAGUGACUUUAUAAUAUAUUGGAAUGUUUGAAGUUUGUCACAGCAAUGAUUGAUGAAAAUGAAUGUAAACAAGUAUUUAACUCCAUUUGUCUUAAUAAAUUCUAGUAUAAAAGGCUUGAUUAUUUUGGGGAAGAAAUUAGUCAAGGAAUACAAAGCAAAAAAAAGUAUUUAAAAUCCAAAAGCUUUACCAGGUUGGAAUGAAAAGGACAAAAUACUUAUCACCUUAAUUAAAGUCAUCAAGCACUUAUUGAACGAACACCACUUUUUUUUAUACCACCUUUCUCCUGGCACAAAUGUGUGGAAGGUUGCAGAAGACAAUAUUAGAGAUGAUCACAGUCUCCAUUAGACUGGUGGGCUUUGUUCAACAUAUGAAUAUAUUUGGAAAUGGUGUCCUGUCCUCAGCGUUAAGAUAGGUAAGAUUGAAAUGAAGAAAUAAGUUCUACAUUUUCUUUACAUGUCUCAGGAAAUUCGUACUCUUACAAGAAAAUACUAAGUUAAUACAUGCAAGUAAAUAUAAAAGAUGUAUUUUUUUGGUAACACUUUUAUAUAUGUUUCUGAAAAGGUGAUACAUACCCAUGGCAUAAACCGAAACAGGUGUGGAAUAAAAUAUCACCCUUUCUUCUCUGUGCCCAGACAGCGUUUAACCUAGAGGCUGUUGCUGUUUGCUUACUAAACCGAAAGGUGGCAGAUUGGAGUCCUGGUCAGGACUUUGGCCUUGGUUGCAGGCUCCAUCCACCACCCGAGCUCCUACAAGAGGCAACUGAUCAAUGUUUCUCUCAUCCAUGUUUCUCUCCCUCCCUUCCCCUCUCUAAAAUCAAUGUGGAUGUCCACAGGUGAGGGUUUAAAAGAAUUAUUUGUGGAGAUUUCAUUAUUUUGGUCUAGUGCGUAGGUACCUCCCUCUGGAGGGGAUUUAUUUGCAUUUGCCAGGCUUCUGGGGGACAUUAGCAGUCAGCAAAAGAAGCUCCUCAAAUGAGGAUUACUUCCGGCGGCUCCUUGGACCACUGAGGCAGUAUGAGCCUGGGCUGCACAUCUGUAACGAUAGAACUGCCUCAUUCUUUCUGGUGUUUGCAUUUUAUUCCACUGCAACAUUCGGAUUGCUAUUAUUUUCUAGAGAUUUUAUUUAGGUAUCAAAGGGACAAUGGCUUGAUUUAAUGCUGUUUUUCCGUUUUGAUACCAGUUACACUAGCUUUACAAACUGAGCUUUGAAAAACUCACCUUUUUUAAUGUUCUGGUAUGCAGGACUUGCUAGCUUGGUGAAGGUGUCCGAUUACCUUUCAUGUUUCUUCUCCUGUUUUGUCUAUUCAGGUUAAUGACCUGAGUUAAUUUGAGUAAGCUGGGAAAAUAUAGUCAAGCUUUUGAAUUCCUACUUGCUAAAAUAAUGUUAAGUACACUGGUCUUAAAAUUUUAGGCCCCUAUAUUUCUAAGGUAGUAGACUGGGGACAGCUGAUCUCCCAGCCACUCAAAGUUUGCCAGACAUUUGUCUAUUUGGUGGGUCUUACUUAAGAGCCAGGUGUGGAUUUUCACUGAGCCCUGUAUUUUUAAUUAAUUAAUUUAUGCUUUUACCUUUAUUUCCUUUGUUUUCUUAUUAAUCUCAUUAAUGUAAUACCAGGAAACUGCUACUGCGGGAAUAAUGUAAGAUGAGAUGCUGAAGACCUAAUUAUAUACAAAUAAAAGUACCUGUAUGAGCACUAAAUGUUAACACAAGCAGCUGUCAUAUAUGGAACGAACACAGGACACUGUACACGAAGCUGUAAGGGAAAGUUGGGGAGUAUUAUCAGUCAAAGGAGUUUUCAUGCAAAUGAAUUUCUUUCCUAGGAUUUAUUUUAGCAUGGAGCUGUGGGCUAAAAUGUAAGAAACAGACAGCUGUUGUUUAUUUUGUUCCCACGAAACUUUUACUGUGCCAUUUCAAAGUAGGGGAAGUAUGAUCACUUAAGGAAGGAACCCCCAAAUGAAAUACCCUUCAGUAAAUACAGAAUUAAAGGGCUGUGCAUAAAGACAUAGAGACCAGCUUAUCUUUUUAUCAUAGACAAAUCUUUAUUUAUUAAGUCUUUUUCAUUGUCAUGACAGUCUGCAAACAACCUUUAACCCUUUACAGAUUUACCUUAAUACAGCAACAUUACAGGAGACAACAUUUAGUUAUAUUUUUUUUAAAUAAAAAUAGUAAAAGGUGAAAAAAGCUUAAUGGUACAUUCCUUAAUAUCCAUGAAAAAAAAUUUUAAGUUAAAUACUUUUGAUUUUUAUUAAAGAAAGUAUAACAUCUUCAAUUCUACAUUUUAAAACACUGUUG